CGGUAGCUACGUGUCACGAAAUUAAAAGCUUCGGAGGAGGAUAAUCUCGGUGGUUCCAGUAAGAACGACGUUCAGACAGAAAGCGAACAAAGCACGAUAAAUAUCAAAUUCCGACACGGAUCUACGAAUUCCGAGAGACUAACCAUGGUUAAGGUUGAAGAUGAACCACGCGUUUCCGUAGAAGGUGGAUGUGGUGGUGUUGUCUCCGGUGAAGGCGGCGACGAGCACCGCGGGGUUGUAAUCGCCGGUAACGGCACCGUUCAAGGUGACAACGCCGGAUCUGUCGCCGGAGAAGGUGGAUUUUCAGCUGAGAAAUCGAGUGGCGAAGCUAGGUCCAAGGAGGUCCCGUCCUCUGAGCCAGAUGCUUCAGCGAUCCUUCCAUCUCAACUUACUAUUUUCUUUGGUGGGAGUGUUAGUGUGUUUGAUGGCAUUCCAGCAGAAAAGAUUCAAGAAAUCCUCCGUAUUGCUUCUGCUACUGCCAAAUCCAUUGAGACAAAGAACUCUACAAGAAUCAGCCCUGCUCCUUCUCCAGCACUGAACAGAGCUCCUUCUUUCUCCAGCACAUCUACUGGAGCUUCACCAGCUGGACAGUCAUUUCCCAUUCACCCAAUUUCGUUUUGUAGAUCUGCGGCUGAUCUACCAAUUGCAAGGAGGCAUUCGCUUCAACGAUUCCUUGAGAAAAGACGGGACAGAUUGGUCAACAGAAACCCUUACCCUGCUUCUGACAUCAAGAAGACAGAUGUCCCAACAGACAAUGCCUCUGUUAAGGAGGAAUAUUCAACUGCUUAGCAGAGAAGAUCAACCUCCAAGGCUACAAUAAGCUUAACGAACAUAUCAUUUUCAAAAGCAAACUAAGUGAAACGUUAUGACAGUGUAUCAUAUAUAUGCUGCUGUGUGUUGUAUUGUAGUGUCUGUACAGGUUUGUCUAACAAACCGAAGAUUUGUUUAUGUCUGGAGUGGUCCGACAUGUUUAUCAUUUUCUCAUCUACGGAAGAACAAACUAUUGUCUUAUUUUAACUUAUAACUCUUGAUGUAUGUUAUGUUAUUGAACUUGUUAUCUCUUCCAGAAUACAAUUUGUGUGUAAUAUUAUUAAUGAA